UCCGCUUCAAACUGUCCAGUGUCGACACUUCUCGCGAGAGCGUUAGUUCUCGCGAGAACAGCGCGUUGUUAUUGCUACUGGUAGCAUAGCUAGCGCUCAGCCAAGCUAUCUGGAGAUCCGAAGUCUUUCCGAACUCUUGGACUGCGAUGGACGAAUUCGGAGUCCUAGACGAGGCGGACCGGCCUCGGCAUCAACCUUUCCUAAUAGGGGUCAGCGGAGGAACCGCAAGCGGAAAGUCAACAGUUUGCGCCAAGAUCAUGGAGCUGCUGGGCCAGAACAAGGUGGACCACCGGCAGAGGAAGGUGGCGAUUAUAAGCCAGGACAGUUUCUACAGAGUCCUGACUCCAGAGCAAAAAGCCAAGGCGCUGAAGGGCCAGUACAACUUCGAUCACCCAGAGGCAUUCGACACCGAGUUAAUGUACCAAACCUUGAAAGACAUCGAGGAGGGGAAGGUGGUGGAAGUUCCAACGUAUGACUUUGUCACUCAUUCUAGGUUGGAAGACAGGAUCACCGUUUACCCAGCAGACGUGGUCCUCUUCGAGGGGAUCCUGGUCUUCUACCCCCAGCAAGUGCGCGAUAUGUUUCACAUGAAGCUCUUUGUGGACACGGAUUCAGACGUCCGACUGUCUCGCAGAGUUCUGCGGGACAUGACCAGAGGGAGAGACCUGGAGCAGAUUCUCACGCAGUAUACAACAUUUGUCAAGCCUGCUUUCGAAGAGUUUUGUUUGCCUACAAAGAAGUACGUAGACGUCAUCAUUCCACGGGGAGUGGACAAUAUGGUGGCCAUCAACCUCAUCGUUCAGCACAUCCAAGACAUACUGAACGGGGACAUCUGCAAGUGGCAGCGCGCGUCCAUAUAUGGCCACGCGCGAGGCUUCAAGCGGGCCUUCUCUGAGCCGGGCGACUUCCAGAGCGGAGCCGCGAAUCCUUCAGGAAAGAGGCUCCUGCUGGAGCCCAGGUGCCGGCCUCAUUGAGGCCGUGUGAUACGGGGGGGGGGGGGGGGACUGAUUACGAGCUUCGAGUUGGGAUCGCUGCCGCUGAUUUGUGUGGAACGGCUCAGUGACUGGGAUGCCAGCCUCACUUCUGCAACAGGUUUUUUUUUUCCUUCAUUAGGUAUCCACAAUCUAACUGUACAUUUAGUGCUGCAACCUCUUCAUACUGUCACUGUAAUUAUCGGGGCAUAACAGAUACAACAGGUUAUCCUCGUCACAUGUAAAAGUCUUCCACGAUAGCUUCGACUGGUCAGCUGACCGGUCACUAAUGAUUUGAAGGUAGGAAGCGUUAUGUAAACGUUUGAUUCCAGUCAUGCUUUUGGACUUUGACCUUUUGUUUAUACUUGCUUUUGUUUCCUUAAAUAGAGAUUAUAUUUAAGAGUUACACUGAUCUUUUAUCUUGCUGCCCAGUUUGUUUUUAACUUAUCUAAAAAAAAAUGAGUCCAGCUGGUUGUGUGUUGUCGCGGUGUUACACUCUGAUUGUUCAUUAGUACUUCCUUUUCAUACAUGCAUUCUUUUUGUUUUGUUCGAUUCUGUACAACAAUAAAUGGAAAAGUGUAAGUCUUAA